UUCAGAUCAUUUUACCGGUUGCAAUUAUUCAUUUUAGAAACAUCUUGAACUGCAUUCUUUGUAGUUUAAGUAUCACUCUGCACUGAUCAAGAAAGGGCUGGCUGACAAAAGCUCUACUGUUCUCUACUGUAUUUUCAUCAGAAACAGUCCAGUCUCCACCUCCACUGAGGCUUAUCAGAUUGUCAGAGUACAGAAGGCUGUAUAGCAGGUAGGGAUAUUUGCAUUGUGGCUGGGGAAAUGGAGAGAACAGGUGGAGGUGUGGAGAACUCUGGAGCUGACAUCGGCCUGGUCGUCUGGUCUCUACUGACCUUCUGUCUUCUGUCUGGUCCUGCCACAGGUGACCAACAUGCCCACUGCUCUGAGUUCCUCCGUCUCAGCCCUCCGACUCUUCUGGUGAGGCUCCUCAGAUUCUCCUCUGAGCAGGGUCCCUGUGGUUCCCCCUUAGACCUCCCUCCUUCAGGCCUGCCAUCUGGCCAGGGCCUCCCUCCACUUCCACCAGGCCUCCCAGGACUGGCCCCUGGUCCUGUGACCUGGAUCCCUCUCAGCCCCACAGUAGUGAUUGUCCCAGGCAGGAGGCCAGCCAGGCUGCAGCCCAGCUGGGCGAGGGUGAUGGCGGGGGAGCUGUUAGAGGCGGGGCUGGUUAAUGUCCUGGUAGCUGAUUGGCUGCUGCCCCCAGAGCAGGAGAUCACCGAAGGAGCCAGGCAAGUGGGAGAGAGGCUGGCACAGACCAUACAGACACUACUGGAGGUUCAGGGCUCUUCUCCAGAGCUGUUCCACCUGGUAGGGUUUGGUGUUGGGGCCCAUGUAGCUGGUGUGACUGGGGCCUGUUUGGAGGGAACUAUUGGCAGGAUCACAGGCCUGGAUCCGUUCUCUCCACUGUUUUCCGAGGCAGACAGCAGCCUGUCUCUGGAUCACACUGACGCUCAGUACGUGGAUGUGAUUCACACCAACUUCAACCCCAAUGAGCCGGUAGCUCCCCUGGGGGUUCCCAGACCGUUGGGCCACGUUGAUUUCUACAUCGGCAGAGGAAAUCAACUCCCUGGUUGUCCUCAGUCUCUCAUGAAAAGGGAGCAGUACUUGCUGUGCAGUCACCAACGGGCCUAUAGGUUGUUCACCAGCUCCAUCCGGUCCUCCACCAGCUCCAUCCGGUCCUCCUGCCCUCUCACAGCCUUCCCCUGCCAGGGAGUAGAGGACUUCCAGAGAGCUCUCUGUACACACUGUCACCACCCUGGCCUCAACAUCUGCCCCCAGCUGGGUAAGAGACGUGAUCAUGUAAACCAGCUGGGUAAGAGACGUGAUCAUGUAAACCAGCUGGGUAAGAGACGUGAUCAUGUAAACCAGCUGGGUAAGAGACGUGAUCAUGUAAACCAGCUGGGUAAGAGACGUGAUCAUGUAAACCAGCUGGGUAAGAUACGAGAUAAUGUAGACCAGCUGGGUAAGAGACACGAUAAUGUAGACCAGCUGGGUAAGAGACGAGAUCAUGUAGACCAGCUGGGUAAGAGACGAGAUAAUGUAGACCAGCUGGGUAAGAGACGAGAUAAUGUAGACCAGCUGGGUAAGAGACACGAUAAUGUAGACCAGCUGGGUAAGAGACACGAUAAUGUAGACCAGCUGGGUAAGAGACGAGAUCAUGUAGACCAGCUGGGUAAGAGACGAGAUAAUGUAGACCAGCUGGGUAAGAGACGAGAUCAUGUAGACCAGCUGGGUAAGAGACGAGAUCAUGUAGACCAGCUGGGUAAGAGACGAGAUCAUGUAGACCAGCUGAGUAAGAGACGAGAUAAUGUAGCCCAGCUGGGUAAGAGACACGAUAAUGUAGACCAGCUGGGUAAGAGACGAGAUCAUGUAGACCAGCUGGGUAAGAGACACGAUAAUGUAGACCAGCUGGGUAAGAGACGAGAUAAUGUAGACCAGCUGGGUAAGAGACGAGAUAAUGUAGACCAGCUGGGUAAGAGACGAGAUAAUGUAGACCAGCUGGGUAAGAGACACGAUAAUGUAGACCAGCUGGGUAAGAGACGAGAUAAUGUAGACCAGCUGGGUAAGAGACGUGAUAAUGUAGACUAG